AUGGAUAAGGCAGUUACGGACGAUAACAAGGGAGCGGCGAGCGAUACGGACGCUCAGAAUCACCUGGAGGUCGUGUUCUAUCCCGAUUCCACCCACCGCCGCAAGUCCUCCCUUGUUACGAUGGACCGGCCGAGAGUCCAACAUCACUCAGCCCAUAAUGACCAAAUGACCGCCUGCUACGUCCAUUCCCUCAUUGCGAGCGAAUGGACCUCACCCCAAUACCACCUGAAGCCUGAAGAUGACACAGAAGAUGUGAUACGGACAGUGGAUGAGGACGAGACCAAACCCGUGGCAAAUACCACGGGCAUCCAACCAGAUAAAUUGGUCUCGGGGGUCGACCACAGUAACAAAUCGGCACCCACAGUCAUCGAAUCCCGGCAUCUUACGAAGAGACAGCUCUCCGAUAUGGCCUGGAAUGUGCGAAAGCUAUCCAAGAAGCUGGGUAGCCUCAAGCUGAAGCUCACCGUGAAGAAUAUCUUCAUUGUAAGCAAGGCGCAAGACGAGACGCUGGUAAGCCUGACUCGAAAGGUUACACGGUGGCUACUCUCUAAAGACCGGGACUAUAUGUACGUGGUCUAUGUCGAACGGCGGCUCGAGACACAUGCGGACUUCGGUGCAUUGCAACUGGUACAAGACGAGCCCUCCGCCGAGGGCCGGCUCAAGUACUGGGAUACCAGGCUUGCACAAGAACAACCGCAUUUAUUCGAUUUCGUGAUCACGCUCGGCGGCGACGGAACCGUUCUCUACACCAGCUGGCUGUUCCAGCGCAUCGUGCCGCCGGUGCUCUCCUUUGCGCUGGGCUCACUGGGCUUCUUGACCAAUUUCGACUUUGCGGAUUAUCAGAAUAGCCUCCAUAAUGCUCUUCGGGAUGGCGUUUUCGUCAGUCUACGGCUACGGUUCGAAUGCACCAUCAUGCGCAGCAAGGCACGGGCAAGAGACCCGCAUGCGCGCUCUCUACCGGAGCAUGACCUAGUAGAGGAAUUGAUCGGAGAGGAAGGGGAGGACACAUUAACGCACACCCCAGAUAAUGUGUAUGAGAUUCUCAACGAUGUAGUCCUCGACCGGGGGCCAAACCCAACCAUGUCUCAAAUUGAACUCUUCGGGGACGACGAGCAUUUCACUACUCUGCUUGCUGACGGAAUCUGCAUUGCUACCCCAACCGGAUCGACUGCUUACAAUCUCGCCGCUGGCGGCUCUCUUUCGCACCCCGAGAACCCCGUCAUUCUUGUCACCGCCAUCUGCGCCCACACGCUGUCCUUCCGACCGAUUAUUCUACCAGACACUAUUGUCUUGCGCAUGGGUGUGCCAUACGAUGCGCGCACGAGCUCAUGGGCUAGCUUUGAUGGACGAGAGAGAGUCGAGUUACAUCCUGGUGACUAUGUUACCGUGUCAGCAUCGAGAUAUCCCUUUGCCAAUGUCUUACCUCCUGGUGGACAGGGCGAGGGCUGGGUGCACAGCAUCUCGAAGACUUUGAAUUGGAAUUCGCGACAAAAGCAGAAGAGCUUCAAGUAG